ACUGUAAUCUAAAGCGCAGCUACCGGUGUAUUCUGAUGGUUUCUCUUCAUGAGGCCUCAAAACUAUUGGCAUUUGUAGGAAGCCUCUCCAGUAAAACCACGGAUAGCCAGCUGCUAAUGUAUCAAAAGAUACCCACUGACGGGACCGAUCUUGUUUUUGUCAUUGCUGGCCUUUGAUCUUGCCGACGUAGAAUCUUUACCGUGACCUACGCAUAUCUUUUAGUGGACGGAGGAUCGCGCAAGAACCGCGCGUUGUGGCCUAGCAGAGCCCAAUGCUCAAUGCCCAUGUUGCCGUGUGACCGACACCCUCCAACAAAAAAUAGUCUAGCUAGCUUUGGUUUCUCGAUUGUUGUUGCUGCCAGUAAUAUCACUUUGAGCCACCAUCUUAUUAGCUCUCUGACCUUCCAACAACCUGCAAACUACUGUACCCAAAACAAUCCACCAUGUCUGCUCCAGCUGCUGCUAAACCCGUUCUUCUCCCUCAGAAGGGAACUGCUCGCGUGAAAAAUGUCAUGUCAGGUGACACGGUUAUCCUUUGGGGAAAGUCUUCGGUUCCCAACCAGCCUCCGCCUCAGGUCCAGUUCACGUUGGAAGGAUUGAUGGCUCCACGAUUGGCGUCCAAGAACUACCCUAACGACGAUCCUGGCGCGUUUCCAUCCCGUGAGUUUUUGCGCCAGAUGUUGAUCGGAAAGAUGGUUACCUUUGAGACAACCCGCAGAAAGCCCCAAGGUGGAGGAGGAGUGGUAGCAGCCACAGCUGGAAGUGAUGCCGCGCCUCAAAACUACUACCAUUAUGGUCAUAUAAUUUUUGAGAAUGAAAAUGUCGCAGUCAGAAUCCUGAAGAAUGGACACGCCAAAGUUCGCGAUGAUUUCUCCCCGCCUUCUAGUACCGACAGCAGUGGAGAUAAUGGAGAUUCCAAUGGCAAAAAUAGUGAUAUGUCCGAGCAGGAAGUGGCUUACCGUAAGAAGUUUGCCGAGGCACAGCAAGAAGCCAUUAGUGCCAAGGUAGGAAUCCAUGCUACGGGUCCUCUGGUGCGAAAACCUCGCAAUGUGGAAGAUGCUCAGUCUAUGGUCAAAAAAUUGAAAUCUGUUACGGCUGUGGUCGAGUAUAUCUUUGAUGGCAGUAGGUUUCGUUGUCAGAUUACCCAAGCCAACGACAAGGAGUACAUUCAUUCCACUUUCACCCUGAUUUUGGGAGGAGUGGUUUGUCCCCGAUCUCAACGGCCUACUCAUACUACCGGUAACCCGCCGCCUCAGAUUGCUCCCAAUGCUACGCCUGAACAAGAAUUGCAAAUGGGAGCCCGAGCUAGGCUCUUUGUCGAGGAACGAUUGUUGCAGCGCGAACUGACCAUGGUUCUCCAUGGAACCGACAAAUCGGGUGGUGCCGCCGUUGCCACCAUCCAACAUCCCAAGGGUAACAUUGCCGUGGAACUCCUCAAGAAUGGAAUGGGUCGCAUCGCCGACUGGUCUGUUCGCCUCAUGGAUCCUGGUGUUGUGCCUCCCCUCCGAAUUGCCGAAAACAAUGCCAAACGCGGAAAUCUCGGUGUGUGGGCGCAUUGGGAGGCUCCUAAACUGUCGGGAGCUGCUGAGAUUGUAGGAACCUGUGUCGAAGUUAUUAGUGGAGAUACCCUCACUAUCUUGCCCCAAGGGGUUCUCUACGAUUCUGAACAGGUCCUGCAAAAGAUCAGUUUGGCUUCCAUUCGGUCUCCGAGGUUGGGAAGCGAGCGUGCUGGACGAGCUGAUGAACCUUAUGCCGUGGAAUGCAAAGAACGAUUGCGAGUUUUGUGUGCCGGGAAACAGGUGAAAGUCCUAGUUCACUACGAGCGUGACAUUCCUUUGGCUCCCGAAGUGACGGAAAAGCGUAGGUUCGGUACCGUUUCUGUCGGAAAGCGAUCUGAUGUCGGCGAAACAUUGAUCCAGGAAGGCCUGGCAAGUACCCAGCGCCAUCGUGACGACGAUGAAAAGUCUCCUCGUUACGAUGAAUUGAGAGCCGCUGAAGCCGUUGCCAAAGCUGCCAAGAAGGGAAUCCACGUCGAAGGAAAGGAAUACAAGAAGAACGCCAUCAACGAUUUGACAGACCCUAAGAAAGCCAAAGCCUACGCUGAGUCGCUCAUGCGAGGUGGCACUCUCAAAGUUGUUGUCGAGUUCGUCUUUAAUGGAGCUCGAUUCAAGGUAUUCGUUCCAUCCGAGAACUGCUACAUCAUGUUUGCGCCCAACAGUGUCCGUUGCCCUCAGCCAUCUCCCUCCGCAGCUGGAGCCAAGCAAGGCAAAAAGGCAGAACCUUUCGGAGAUGCUGCCAAGCGCCACGCUCGUUUGUCCGUGUUGCAGCGCACCGUGGAAAUAUCGUGUACUGGUGUCACCAAUGGCGGUAUCAUAACAGGAGUUUUGUACGUCGGCCAAGGUCCUCAACGUCGUGAUUACAGCCUUGAGCUCGUUGCUGCUGGACUUGCCAGCGUCGACCAGCGCAAGAUUGAUUAUGGAGAGGCUCCCAAGUACCUUGUGGACGCACACAACAAGGCCAAGAAUGGCAAGCUCGGAGUCUGGUCUAUUGAACAAGCUGCACCUACAGAAAAGGCACCAACCGAAAAGAGCAAGGUAAAGAGUGUCAAGAUCAGUCUCAGCGAGAUCCGAAGUGGAAGCCAUUUCUUCUACACAGUGGUAGACGACGAUUCUUCGAAGGCUAUGGAGGAAAGCAUGAAGACCUUCACAGAAGCCAAUGGAACAGACGGAGCUCCUUGUGAAGUGAAAGUGAACAGAGUUGUUGCAGCGCUGUUUGACGACGGAAACGGCAAGAGCUGGUACCGUGCAAAGGUUGCGGAACGUCCUGCUGACGGAAAAGUUGCUGUCCUUUUUAUUGAUCACGGUAACGUUGCUACUGUGCCAGUGGCUACUCACCUUCGUCCACUCGAUGAUGCGCUUCAAAGUGAUAAGAUCCCUGCUGUGGCCAAAGAAGCCGUGUUGGCCCUUGUCACGACUCGUUCGCUGCAAACUGAUGAAGGACACGAUGCUGCAACGAUGCUACAGAGUUUGGCCUGGGGCAAAGAGUUGACGUGCACUAUGUACGGCCCAGAUGACGACAAUAAAAUGGCUGUGACAUUGGCAGAUGCGUCGGGUGGUGAAACAAUCAACGAACAACUUGUUGCAGCUGGAUUAGCUCGUGUUGCCAGCCGAUUUGCUGUCACUGGUUUGGCUCGUCGCAUGUCCGACGGAGGUCCCGCAAUUGAACUCUCUUCCACGUUGAACAAGGCUCAGGGCAUUGCUCGCAAGACACGUUCUGGAAUGUGGCGCUAUGGUGAUAUCGGAGAUGAAGAUCCCACGGAUUUCUAAGUGGCUAGAGGCCCAGUUGGUGCUUGAAAGGCUAUGAAAAGAAGACAAAGAUAGUCACUGGCAGCUAGCUACACUCUUACUAAACGACUAAACGAAAUGUUGCUUAUCGACCAUGGUAUUCUUAGUUUGAGAGUGUUCUUGAUAGGCAGAAAUACUGUAGGAAGGCGACGCAGUAGUUGGUCAACAAGUCGAGUAAACUUCUGACAACAGUAGGGGGGCAGUCAAUACAAUACUGGCGGCGGUAACAAUGUCAUGUGGGUUAGACAGUACAUAGAAGUCAGUCUGAGGAAGUUGAAUCUUCAUCUUUUACAGAUACCAGGUCUAUAUAGAAACAUCCAAAGUAAUCCGCUCCCAGCAAUCGUCGAAACUGUGGUUUGACAGCCAAACCACGACAUUUUCAGUUGAUAUUCUCAUCGGGCGCCUUUUUGUUGUCUUCUCGUGGUUGUUGUGAAUUACUACUAGUAGUAGAAGUAUUCCUCGCCACGGCAUGUCGUUGUGGAUGGUACUGAUAUUUGGUAUUGCAAAAGUCUGGAACAGGAUAUCCCUGCUUUUUAACAUCAUAAUUCGUUUGCAAUCGCAGCACGGCAAUCACUCGCUUCAUGUGCAGUCGUCGAAAUCCAUUUCGCAGCAAUUGUCGAAUGUGGCGUUGGACCACAUCCAUGCGUCCCGCCACCAAUGGUUCCUUCCAUCGAAUCAACGAUUGGAGAUGAUUGUUAUCCGUGAUAUCUUCCAAAGCUCGUAGCUCCACUUUUAACGAAGGUGAUGCGUAUUCCCAAAUGAAAUUGCACUGGUGGUCCUUUUUGUCAGGUGUUGUUGUCGUGUUGUUGGUACUAUUGUUGUUGUUGUUGGCUCCAAGACAGUGGCGACACUCUUCCAAGAGCCAUGCCAAUUCUUGUUCUGUUGGAUUGAGAAUGGUUUCGUAGGGAUCAUUUGGGAACCAUUCUUGCAAUUGCAUUCGACUAUUGUCGUGAUUAUCUUGUGAACUGCUGGGGGUGGGACUGUCACUAGUAGUAGUAGCAGUGGUCUCAUUAUUUUUGUUGUUGUUGUAAAUGCUGUUUUCUUUCCGAGCAAAGGCUGCCAAGAGGACGUGUUGAAUGGGUUUCUUGCUGGUGGUUGUUUUGUCGUCGUCGUCGUGAUCAGUAAUAAUAGUGGGUUUGCUGCUGCUGCUGCUCUUUCUCUUCUUUAGCUGAAUUCCAUAGCGGUUAGGUUUUUCCUUGGCCAGUUCUACUUGAUCGUAUUGUAUCACUACCGGCCUUUUCUUGUUCUUGGCCGAUAUUCUAACAAUGAGAGGCUCCUCAAGUCUCUUGGCUUCAGGAGGCAGUAACGCCCAGUUGUCAAUUUUGAGCUCUCGUCGGUUCUGUGGUUGAAAAUAUAAGUAGGUCUUUAAUGCCCAAGGAGCCAGGACUUUGUUGUUUCCAUGAAACAAACGCUCCGUUUUGGUUGGAAGAGAGAUACAAUCGAUGGCAGAGCCCCUCGGUCGUUUUCGGUUGGCAGUAGGAGGAGGGGUAGCAGCGAUGGGGGCCACGGUACCACUAUUUGGUAGUUGGGUAUCUGGAGGAGAAGCAUCCUCCAUGAUCACAUUAUUGGAAGAUAAUUGGAUACCUUGGGCCACACCAGCAGUAUCAUCUGUGGCACCAUUAUUGGCAAUAGCAUUCCGUGGCAACUCCGUGUUGGGCUCAACGUCUUUGUCUGGUCUUGGAUGGUCUAACGGACCCUCUUCUUGGUCGCUGUCACUCGACAACUCAAUGAAUUCGUUACUACUGCUUUGACGGGUUGGUCUCACGACGGGAACAUGCUCACGCUUCACACCAGGAUAACCUCUCGAGGGAACCAUGACAUGGUCUCUCCCUUGCCUUGCCAUCAUGGUCAGCAGUUUGGGUUGGUGGUAGUAGUGUCAACGCAAAGCGCGAAAACCUAACUUUUAAAAUAAGCUGACAAGGCUGUAAGAACAUCAUUUAAAGCCCGCAAGGCUGUUUUAUUUUCAAAAGGAAACGAAAGA